UUCAAAUAACAGGUGAUGAACGGUCUUCCUCCAGGUAUUAGUUUCUGCUUUUCUCUUUCUCCAGAGUGCCUACGACGAGGAGAGGAGGCAGCUUAAACCCAAGGUGGGUGAGCUUCUGGUGGCGUUAUGUGAACAAGAUCUCCUGAAGCUUCGAGCGCCAGUGACUUCUGUAUUGUGCCAUGGCUAAAUUAGAGACCCUCCCUGUCCUUAGUGACCCCAGCUAUCACAGCCAGGAAGCAUUCCACCCUUUCCACCCCAGGACCUCUGAAUCUGCCUCCCAGAGCAGCAUGGGCAGCAUGGGCAGCGGUGUCCCUCACGAACAAGAAUUUGCCAUGAAGAGCAUGGGCGCCCGGACUCAGAACAGUAGCCAGCAGCUUGAUGGAACCCGGAAUAGCUUCUCGACACGGGAGAUCUCAACCCGUUAUUCCGGGGAGGAGAAGACCUGUAAGUCAGAAAAGAUCUCCAGCUCCAUCUACAUCAACGGGGACUUGCGCAAGAGCGAGAAGGGGAAGACCGACCUUUGUGGAAAUGUGGCAGCAAACAAUGAGAAGAAUAUGCCUCCACAACCACCCCAGUACAGAGAACCCAAUAACCCACCAAAGAUAUUGCCAGUCUCUGGUAAACUAGACCAGAAUACUGAGCCCUUAGUUAGACCUUCAGCCUUUAAACCAGUAGUUCCUAAAAACUUCCAUUCCAUGCAGAAUCUGUGCCCGCCACAGAACAAUGGAAUCACAGAGAGCCGAAAGACUUUAAACCACGCUAACAGCAAUAGUCCCUCCACUGUCAGAAGUGGUCUUGAGAAGCCCAGCCUUAACAGGACUACCAACCAAGGAGGUGGCCUUUCUGAUUCUGGCCGCAACUCUUUAACCAGCUUGCCCACCUAUGGCACAGGCUAUAGCCAGCACGUUGGCCCAAUGAGUGCUUCAACUAGUCACAUCAACCGCAUUGGGACAACCUAUGCUGACAAGAACAUUGUCGGAUACAAUGGGCUAUCUACCUCAGACAGUGGACGGUCUUCCAGCAAAAACACCUCUUCAUUUAGUAGACUCAACCAUCUCAACGAAACAAUGCCUUUCCACUCUCCUUCCACGGACGACGUUAUUCAAGACUUGGAAAACAGGUUGUGGGAAAAGGAACAGGAAGUCCUCCAAAUGAGGAGAAACCUCGACAAGAGUGAGGCGGCCAUUUACCAAGUCUUUGAGGAGAAACAAAAGAUCUGGGAGCGUGAGAUGGAAGAGCUUCGGCAGAACUAUGCCAAUAAGCUGCAGCAAGUCUCCAAGAAAGCCCAAAGGGCCCAACAGGCUCUUCAGCUCCAGAUCUUUAAGCUCCAGCAAGAGAAGAAGAAGCUCCAAGAUGAUGUAGCUCAACUUCUUCAACAACGGGAAGACCUGGAGAAGAAGUUUGUUGCUUUCAAAAAAGAGCAGGCUGAGUUUCUUCCCAAAAUUGAAGAGACCAGAUGGGAGGUGUGCCAAAAGGCAGGUGAGAUUUCCCUGCUGAAGCAACAGUUGAAGGAUUCUCAAGCUGAUGUCUCCCAGAAGCUGAAUGAGAUCGUUGGGCUGCGUACCCAACUCAAAGAGGGCAAAAGCUUCCUCAGAGAGAAGGAAGAACAGAUCUUGACUUUGAAAGACUCCUACAGCACCAAAAGUGUCAGCCUGGACAUCUGUGAGAAUGAGCUGCAACGUAAGAUGGCGGAGGUGCAGAUGUUGAGGGAGAAGCUUAGCCAGUGUGAGCUGGAGGUCUCCAACCUGAAGCAGACCUUGACUCACCUGGGAGGACAGCAGAGCCACAUAACUACUGAACUCCCUGAGAAGCUUGCGAGGGACCCCUUGGCCUGCGAGAGUGAUGAGGCCAAGAUGAAACGGCAAAGCGAGGAGAGCCUCAGUGCCCUGAAAAGAGAAGUGGAGAGGCUCCAGGCAGAGCUGAAAGCAGAGCGCCAGUUACGGGAGCAACAGGUUUUGGACUUUGAGGGGGAACGUUGCACAUGGCAAGAGGAGAAAGAGAAAGUCAUUAAGUACCAGAAGCAACUGCAGUUGAACUAUGUAGAGAUGUAUCAGAAGAACCAACUUUUGGAGCACAAGGUGAAUGAAAUGACCAACAAGGCCACCAGUCUAUCCCACACGGAUGAGAAGAAAACAUGGACUCCAUCCAGAUUGGAAAGGAUAGAAUCCACAGAAAUCUGAGGAAACAACUAAGGCAUUUAAAGUACAUUUUUCCAAUUACGGUGCCUGUAUUUCAGCCGGAGAUCUUCCCAAGGAGAAUAUGCUACAUAACCAGCAGCGUACGUCUUUGCACUUGGCCCCUCAAACAUACUUUGGUGCUCUACUUUUAGCGGGGUGGGGAAAGCCACAGGUGUACUUUUGGGUUCUGGGGAUGAUUUGACAUUUGUGUGUUGUUGUGUGUGUUUUUAUUUGAUGUGAUUUCUGUUACUGCUCCAUCAGCAAACAUACUAUGACCUCUGCUCCCUUCUCCCUCUUCAACAUUCUUCCUAUGGCGUUUUUAGCCUUGUUGGAGAGCGGAGUUGAAGCUAUGAAUUUAUGACACGUGGGAUCUUUCCUCCCUGCUGCCAUCUCCUAUGGUAUCUCUGCCCCACCCACCCUGUAUCCUUUCCUCCCCCCUGUGAAACUCUAAUUUUCAUCAUUCCAGGAGGAGGCUGUAAGUGUCUCUCCCAAAGAAUGCUAUGGUGCUCUGCGGAAACUACGAUUCCCAGGGUUUGUUGAGAGGAACCAUACCUGUUGAACAGUUUAAAAGUGGCAUGAAAUGGUAGCGCCCCUCAAAAGCCAUUUUUCAGCCUGCCAGAAAAUAAGGAAUAUCAUUUGGACCCCAUUCAGAGCGACCUUGGGCAUAUUUAUUUGGAAGCAACCCUGAUCCAACUGUCAGUCGAGCUUGAUGCCCACUCAGCCUGGCACGGUCACACAGCUGUGAGUCAGGCUAGGGUUAUGUAGACAAAAGGGGGGAGCCAGUGAGAACUCUGUGAGUUCAGGAGGUAUUUUAGAAUCCUAAUGGUUGUACCUGUUGCAUAAUCAGCUCUCUUCAUUAUCGUGCUCCUGAUUUCCUGAUGGGAAGAUCUUCAUUGCAGGUGAAGGGCGUUGAUCAGAAUUGGUGUCCCCAUGGCCCACUUUCAGAGUGAGUAGCCUUUAAGAUUCUCCACUGCACUCUUAUUUUUUUUAUUUUCUUGGGACAGAACUAUGGAAGGAAGAUGUUGGGGUGGGCUAGGAGAAAGGGAGGAUAAAAUGAACAAAGGCGCUGUGAUUCAGCUAACGAGGUGGGCAACAUUUUUGGCCUAAUUGAUAGCAGCUUGACAGAUGUUCUUGAAGUCAGUGUUCCAGUGGUGGCCGGUGGGUGAUAGGCUGAGCAUCCAGGUGGGGAAGGUAAACUAGGUUGUUGCACAGUUUUUCUCAGAUAUCAUGGUUGAGCAGAGAGAGGUUGGAAUUAGAGAUGACAACUUUAUAGGGAAGGCUGGUUUUUAUCAAGUGUUUUCUCUAUUUGUGUAAAAAAGCAGGUGUCUAUUUUUUGCCCCAAAGUGAGAUCACUUCUGUCUCCCUGCCUUAUCUUCUGUUGCUUCCUAAACCCUUUCCUUCCCAAUCCGGAUUAUUUUUAAUGCCAACACACAGCUGGGAGAAGAAUGGAAUGGUUAAGGGGAGGUAAAAUGAAGACGGUUCUGGCUUGGGUCAAAAAUGAGUGAGUGCCAGUUUUAACCAGUCAAAAGACUCGGCCAGGCUGGUGGAUCUACAGCUUAAGAAAGCAACCCAUCCAGUCAGCCAGGUAGAGGAGUUGUAGCAGGACCCAUGACUUCAACCGGAUGGUAAGGAUCAAGAUAUACUCAGGGGUCAAGAUUAGGGUUGUCGCCAUCUUGGGAUCCCAUUGCAGCAGUUCUGAAGGGAUUCAGGCAUGGGUCUCCACUGACUUCCCUUGCUGGAACUCAAGCCUUUUUCAGUGCAAACCCAGUCUCAAUACUGAGCUAUGAUCCUUUUCUGAAUCAACAUUUUUCUGCUCUGAAGGCUGCCUUUGGCCUAACUGGGACAAGAACCCCCAAAGCACUGGAUGAUUUAAAUUUAAUUUGCAUUUAAAUUUGUCUAAAACUAAAGACAACUGUUACUUUCCUAUCAUGUAUUUAUUAAUUUCCUCCUCUUAUCAGAUUAAAAUUUACAACUGUGCCCCAACUUUGGAGGUCUUGGUGCACUACUGCCAUCUAUCCAUCCCAUCCGUACCAUGUAAUCCUCCUCAUCUUUUACAACUAAGACCUUUACAUCAGGUGUCCCUGAAGUCACUGAACUGUGCCAGAGUUUUAGAUUUCCUGUUCUUAAUCCUGAGGUUUUAUUUUGUUAGCAAGUCAGGGAGAUUUUCUCAGUUUUUCUACAAGCCCCCCAUGGACCUUCACAUCUACCCAACUUUAUGAAAGAAAUACAUGCUACAGGAGUAUAAUAGAUAUGAGAUGAAACUCAGAUUACUUACAAACUGCUAGGGCAGCUGAUUGAGGCUAAUAUUGUGCUGCUUGCUGGUCUUGUGUUUGAAAGGAAGGAAGGAGAAUGGUAGUUUUCCAGUAGUUUUGCUAAAUUACAGAAGGCAAGAUAAGUGUACUACUAAGCUAAUUACAUUUGCUUCCCAACUUCCCAAGGAGAACCCAUCAAAAACUGUUGGGAGAGACCAUCUGCUUGCGGCCUUCUGACAGGAUUCAGAAGAUGCUUCCAGGAGAAGCAGAUUCUGAAGGAAACAGCCUUCCCGUAUUUCUGCAGAUUUCAAUCAGUAUUCAAGUUCCAUCAGCAAUUAGAACUGAUAGACCUAUGGUCCACAUCCCCAGUAUUCAAGUUCCGUCAGCAAUUAGAACUGGUAGACCUAUGGUCCACAUCCCUGGUAUUCAAGUUCCGUCAGCAAUUAGUCCACAUCCCCUUUGUAACCUAUUUAAACCGAGGCUACCAUGAUAUCUGUUGACCCUGGUAUUGUGUGAGGAAGUAUUUCCAUUUUAACUGCCCUGCAUCCAAUGCCAGUCAGAUUUCCUAGGACUUAAGAAGUUAGGCUCGGACUUCCAGUGUUAUGGGGGAAGGAGAUGUUUCUCUCUUCAUCCCACAGAGAAACGAUUUUUAACAUAAAACUCUUUGCAAAGUCCCAAUGUCUUGUUCCCAAGAUUUAAAGUUCUGUGUGUACUUGGAUUAACAAAGGUUUUUUUUUUUUUGGUGUCGAGUGACUCUGAAGGCCCUGUCAGGUCUUUUUGUAAACUGUGACUUGUCUUGCCUGCGGGAAGACAUUUAUUAGGUUUUCCUUUCAGUGGCACUUUUUUGUACCUCGCCUGGUAAGCGAAGACAAAGAAUAUAUAAUAUAUAUACAUACUGUCUUAGAUUUAAAACAGAUGAUUUACCAUUCUUUAACUGAGUGCGGAACCUGCUAUCUGAGACCACGGCAAGCCAAUUGUCAGGUUGCCUGUAAGUGAAAGUGAUUAUUAACGGAAAUGCGAAGAAAAUAAUUUACUGAUAUGCUGCUAAAUUAUACAGAAGCAAGUGUACUUGGAUGUAAAUACUUUC